AUGCAUGCGAUUGAUUGGCAGGAACCUUCAGAGGACAUGUUUCACGGAAAGGAGUUAUCAUUGCGAAGUUACAAUCCCUUUGCAGCCAGGAAGUGGUCCCUGAUAAGAUCGGUAUUUCUUUUCCUUUUCAGACUUCGAAUGAUAAGAAAUAGGGCACAUUCAAAGCGCAUGUUUCAGAGAAUGGCGUCAUCAUCCGGAACUGACGGUACCUCUGAGCUUGAAGAUAGUCAAGUAUUGCAAAUAAUUAGCUUAUUGGACACAGAAGUAAAAGACGUGCGGAUUGUUGGAAUCCAUGGGAGAGAUGGCAUUGGAAAGACUGCACUUGCCAAGACUGUUUAUAAAAGAAUCUCCCUUCACUAUGACGCUUGCAGUUUUCUUGCGGGGAUUGAAGAUACGAUGCGGCAUCCUGGUGGUGUUCAGUAUCUUCAAACCAAGUUGAUCUUCGAUAUUUUGAAAAGAGAGUAUGAGGUUGCUUCUGCUUUCAAAGGAGUAGGAAUUUUGAAAGAAAUAUUUAGAAAUAUGAAAGUUCUCCUUGUUCUCGAUGAUUUAGAAAAUGGUUCCCUUCUCAAGGAGUUUGUAGGGGCUAAGCUUGAUUGGUUUGGUUCUGGAAGUAGAAUAAUUGUCACGUCAAAACAAAGAAGCAUUCUUCAAAGCUUUGUUGAUCAAGGGAUGGCUUGUUGUUACGAUGUUAGUCCAAUGGAUGAUAAUCGAGCUUUCGACCUUUUCUGGCAGUAUGCAAUGGGAAUGAGUUCCAAACUACAUCCAUAUGCUGAAAUUGGAAACAAAAUAGUCAAGGCUGCAGAGGGACUUCCACUACUCGUCAAAGUUUUUGGUUCUUUUUUGCAUGGUAAGGGACGAGAAGAAUGGAUGAAAUUCAAAGAUCACGUACAACAAUUUCAGCAAGAUUACCAGAAGAUUCUAAGCAUAGUUUAUGAAGCAUUAGAUCAAAAGCAAAAGCAGAUAUAUCUUGAUAUUGCAUGUUUUCUCCCCGACGUGGAUUGUAGGACUGCCUCAUAUAUGUGGCAUGAUUAUGAUCGUCCUCAUGAUGAAGUUGAGGUCCUUCGUCGAAUGUCCCUAUUAGAAAUGGAAGAAAAUAAAAUAGGCAUGCACAGUAUGCUAAGGUGCUUUGCCAGGAAGAUUAUUUACCAAAGUUUCCAUGAUCCAGGAACACGAGUUAGGUUUUACAUUCCUGCCAUAGCCCACGACACAAAGAGGAGGAAAAGGGGAUCAGACCACCUUAACACUAUUAUGGCAGGCUUCGAGAUCCUACCGAGCAUGACAUUUCUCAGCUUGGGUCACACCAAUGUUGGUGGAAGAUUUGCAGAUGCCUUAUUGAAUAUUCGGUGGCUUCACUGGCAAGGGUGCCCUCGAGAUUUCGAAGCAAUCAGCAUUCAUUUAGGCAACCUAGUUAUUCUUGAUCUUUCCUGGAGUAAGGUUGCAGAAUCCUGGGGAGGUUGGAAAGGAAUUAAGAUGGAGCGUUUGAAAGUCUUGAAUCUUACAGGUUGUGUGGACUUAUUAGUUACCCCCAGCUUCUCUUGUUACCCAAAAUUGGAGAUACUGAUUCUUGAGCGAUGCUCUCAAUUGGUUCACUUAGAUCCUUCAAUUAAUGAUCUGAAGCUCUUGGUUACCCUGAAUUUGAGGUUCUGCUCCGAGCUCACCAUGUUACCUGCGGAAAUGGAUGGGAUGAAUGCUUUAGAAGAGCUCCUGAUUGAUGGCACUUCCAUACGAGAACUUCCUGCAUCGAUAGGAAAAUUGGUUCAACUGCAAACUCUUAGUGCCACUAAUUGCUUCUCAUUGGUUCGGCUUCCUGGUUCAGUUUGUGAACUUCAAGCUCUUUCAUUGCUAGCCUUGGAUAAUGCGAAAAUUCUUGAACUCCCGGAGUCAAUUGGAGACUUGAGGGAACUCAGGCUCUUGUCUUUGAGGGAUUGUCAUGGGCUAGGAGAGCUUCCGGAAUCCAUUGGCAAACUGGCCGGCUCGUUAGUAGAGCUGGAUAUCUCGGGUACCGGUAUUUCGAAAUUGCCCGAGUCGACUAGAAACCUGCGGAGUUUGAAAUUGCUGAAGAUGGAUUCUUGUUUCUUAAGAGAAUUUCCUCCUUACAUUGGAGAGUUGACAGACCUGGAAGAGGUACAUGCGUCCUGGUGCAGGAGUUUGGAGGGAGUGAUUCCAAGUCAUAUUUCGAAACUGCAUCGUCUCAGAGAACUGAGGCUUCGAGGUACUCGUAUAUCCAGCCUUCCAUCAGAAAUCCAGCUCAUGUCAAGUCUUCAGACUCUUGAUUUGCUACACUGCGACCUUCUUAAAGAGUUGCCUCCCCUUUUUUCUAGCUCAGUUGAUCUGUAUGUCAAUCCUGGCCUGAUGCAAAAUAUGUUAGACUCUUCACUUCUGCCAUAGGUGGCAUUUAUCGCCAUAAAUAAUUUUGUUAGUUUGGAUCG